AUGUCUAAAAAAGAUAAAAAAAAGAUUAUUGAUAGUGAAUCCGGCAAGAUGCAUUUUGAGGGUGACCACACCAUGCCUAGCACUCGCGAAUCGACGCUCGGCAAUCCCAGCGACGUCAUUGACAAGUUUGUUCCUUUAUUCGGUAUCGUUGAUCAAGUCAUAAAGAGUUUGAAUACUAUUUAUGAAAAUGCAAAAUAUAAUAAAAUUAUGUGUUUAGGUUUAAUAGAUCGUAUUGAAGUUGCUGAACAGGCUACUAAGUCUUUAAGACGAAAAAGGCAAGAAAAUGCAAAAAAAUUUUCUGAUGAAAAAUAUUAUCGUGCGUGGGUAAGAUUUACCAAUAUACUGAAAAAUAUUAAAGACUUUGCUGAAGAUGUAACACAACUGUCAAUGUUUCGAAAAUAUUUAAAUACUAAUGCCGUUAAAGAAGCAUAUGAUAAAAAUAUUAAAGAAUUUGAAGAUGUUUGCAAAGAUUUGCACUUAUCAGUUUUUAUUUCAGUAGAGCAAAGAGAAUGGAAUGAAAAAUAUUUCGCAACAGAUAAAUAUUCUAUCGGAACGAAAAAAUUAAAUUCUGGUGAAAUUAAAGUUCCAUAUGUUAAAUCGUCCGAACUUACAGAUCCAAAAACCAAACCAGGCAAUGUAAGAGGAUCGGAAAGAUCCAUUGUGAAAAGAAAUUACCGUGGAACGUUGGAUGUGGCAUGCAAAAAAGUUCAAGCUAUUGAGAAAAAUUCAACAGCUAAAUCUCGGAGUAUUCAGACACAAUUGGUUAUCCUCGAUUUAUUAGGAAAAUGUCCUUAUAUUAUUACUUUUUAUGGUCUUUCAGAGAUAGACAAAAUUGAUUACAUGAUUUUUGAAUGGGCAGAACAUGGAAGUCUGAAAGAAGUUUAUGAAAAAAGUUCAAUUCCCUUACCUACGAAGUUACAAUUUAUCUCCAAUAUAUUCAAAGGUCUUUUUUUUAUAUCUAACAGUGGAGUUCUUCAUCAUGAUGUUCGAUGUGAGAAUAUUUUGGUCACUGAAAAUUGUGAUGUAAAUGUAAAAAUAUCAAAUUUUGAAAUGUCACGCCAAAUUCAAGAGGAUUCCACGACAAUUCCAGGUUUAAAUGAUUACGUUCGUUGGUUAGCACCUGAAAAAAUGCGUGACUUGAAAUACAGAUACAACCAUAAAUGCGAAAUAUUUAGUUUCGGGAUGCUAGUUUGGGAACUCAUUAAUGAAAAGAUUCCAUACAAAAAUAUGUCUUUUGACGAAGUUCAAGAACAUGUUAAAAGCAAGAAAAGAGAAAUUUUACCUCGAUUUAAUUCAGAUCCGAUUUUACUAGGACUCACCAAACUUAUUAAACAAACAUGGGAUGAUGAGCCUUUGUUACGUCCAUCGUAUCCCGAAACUUUCAAUCUAAUCAAUAAUUUAGAAAGGAGUGUUCAAUUGAACUCCCCACGGAUCUAUCCUAAAAACGAUACCCACGAUGAUAUUCCAAGUUUUGAAAAUAUCUCUCCUCAUUAUGAUAUUGAUCCCCAAAAAUUGCCUGAUUGGGAUGAAUGCGACCCUGGCGAUGGAAUUAAAGCGCAUAGAGAGAAGCGAUACAAGGAAGCUUGGGAAUGUUUUAAUGAACAUGCUAAUUUAGGACUUAGUUUGGCAAAAUAUUGGAAAGGUUAUUAUCUUGUGAAAGGAUUUCAUGGAGAAAAAGAUAUAAAGGAAGGUUUAAAAUGGCUAAAAUUGGCAGCAGAUGAUGGUGUUCCUGAUGCACAACUUCGAUAUGCAAGUGGAUUAAUCAAUCUUAAUAUUAGUAAUGGUAGUUCAGAAAAUUAUGAGAUCAUUUUAAAAUAUAUGAAAAAAGCAGCCGAUGGAGGAAGUGAAAUUGCCCUUUAUAAUCUAAGUGCUAUUUAUCUUCAUGGAAAAUUAGGAGUGGAAAAGGAUGAAAAAAAAGGAAAUGAAUUUUUUAAAUUAGCAGUCUUGAAAAAUCCAAAGUUUAUUAAAUUUCGCUAG